AUGAGAAAAGCUGAUGCCCUGGCUAUUGAGAAGAAAUGGAAAGAAUUCAAUGCUCUCUUAGCUUUUAUGAUCUACGGUUUGGUGUUGUUCCCGAAUAUCCCGAAUUUCGUCGACCUCACUGCCAUUUGCCUCUUUAUGGAUCAAAACCCCGUGCCUACUCUCUUGGCAGAUACUUAUUAUGCUGUUCAUUCCAGGUAUGGGACGAAGGGAGCCGUUGGAGGCUGUUUGCCGUUGUUAUACGAGUGGUUCACUUCACACUUGCCUAAAAGUGGACCGUUUGUCACAACAAGAGACUCACAGAAAUGGCCUCAAAGGAUCAUGGGGCUUACGGCGAAUGACAUCGUUUGGUAUCACCUUGGGAAAGGGAUAGAGGAAGUUAUUACUAGAUGUGGUAGUUUUGACAACGUCCCCCUCAUAGGAACGAAGGGAGUUAUCAAUUACAAUUCGAGGCUAGCGCUGCGUCAGUUGGGUUUUGCACUAAAGGACAAGCCGUUAGACAAGGAAAUAUUUGAAUCUGUUUGCUUUAAGAAAGGGGCUGAUCCAGAGGGUCUAGAAAAAGUGAGGAGCGCCUGGAAUAGUAUUCAUACAGAUGACCGAACUUCCUUGGGAGGGAAGAAUGCCAUUGCUAAACAAGCCUACACUGAUUGGGUAAAAGAUAGAGUCAAGGAGCGCCUAUUGCCUUUCCCGAAGGUUAAACCAUUGUAUGAACAACCACCUGAAGUUUUGACUGCCACUGUGCCAGCUGAAGACUAUACCCAGGUACAUGUGGAAAACAUCAGGUUGCGUGAGAAGGGGGAAGAUGCUAAGAUAGAAGUUCAAAAGAGGACUAGAACUGAAAGGGGUGACAAAGCUACCACUAUCAUUGUCGAGGAUAACGAGAAGAUCAUAAAAAAGGCCAUAAAAGAGGCAGAAGAGAAGCUCAAGCAAAAGUACAGAGAAGACUUGAAGGCCUGCAAGCUCCAGUUAGAAAAAGAGAAUAAAUAUCAGCUGAGGACUAUGAAAAAGAAACUGGAAGAUGAGAUUACUCAGAGAAUAGCAGUCGAGACACAGCUGAAGGGAAGUCACCUCCGCUCCGCUCGACUAACAGAAGAGAAUGUCAAGCUCAGAGAUCAAAUGGCAAGUAUGGAGAAUGCACCUGAGAAAGAUUAUCUCCCAGAAUUUUAA